GGAAAACAAACGUUUAAAAGUUAGCUAUAUUUACACAACGAAAACCAAAAGGGAUACUUAAAUGAGACAUUUAAAAUUCGAGGCUCUCCACUGAGUUGUCCCCCGGCACCAGCUCCAGAAGUCCAGCAGAGCCUCGCUUGCCCCCAGGGCGCCCGGAGCGAGGGACCGUACGGCGCAUGCGCGCGUCCUCCAGCACCCGCUUUCCCUUUCCUCCCCAGGAUCCAGCGCGUGCUCGGUUGCCCUUCUCCGUUCCCUGCCAGCCUUGGGUCAGGACCCACCACCUGCUGGCCAAUCAUUUUUCGAUUCCUUCCGGCCUAGUUGGAGCGCUAACUCACGCCUCCUAAAGCUUUCAGCCGAGCACGCCGAGAGCCCUCAGGGCGGCCGCAAUUAAUGGAUGCCUGGAAGUUGACGUCCAUAUAUAUCCAGAAAUGUUUUGCCACCUGAGACCUAUGAGGAGGUUAUGUCUAGAGAAGAUAUUUCCACACUGGUUUCCCUAUUCAAGAGCUUUAUCAGGAGCUGAAGCGGUCAAUGCCUUGAGGCCUUUCUAUUUUGCAGUACAUCCAGAUUUCUUUGGACAGCACCCCAUAGAAAGGGAAGUCAAUGAAAAUUCUCUUAAGAGGUUAAGUGUCUACUUAGAAAACCUCCAGAAACCAGGCUUCAAGUCUUUGAAACCAACUCAGCUUACAUUUUAUGUAAGAGAAACAGACCAGAGUUCCUCUGAUGGCCAGGAACCUUUUAGUACUUCUGGAUUUCGAGCAGUCAAAUUUACUUUGCACACCAGAGAUCUGCUAAGCACAGUAUUAUAUAUUCUCAACUCCUGCAGUUUAUCUGUUGAACAUAUCCAAAGCUUGAAUACUAAUGUGCAUACCCAGCCUCUCAAAGAAGCUAAAAGGAUGCCUGACAGGCCCAUCAAAUGGGACAAGUCUUAUUACUCCUUUACCGGAUUCAAGGACCCUGAUGAAGACCUUGAACAAGUCUCAAGAAUGGAAACAACUCUCACAUCCUGGUUAGAUAACAAUGGGAAAAGUGCUGUUAAAAAGCUGAAGAACAGUUUGCCACUUAGAAAAGAACUAGAUCGUUUAAAACAUGAACUGUCUCAUCAAUUGCAACUCUCAGAUAUCAGGUGGCAGAGGAGCUGGGGCAUUGCCCACCGCUGUAGCCAGUUACAUAGUUUAGGCCGCUUAGCACAGCAGAAUUUGGAAACACUUAAAAAAGCAAAAGGGUGUACAAUCAUAUUUACAGACCGUUCCGGCAUGAGUGCAGUGGGCCAUGUGAUGCUAGGAACAAUGGACGUCCAUCAUCAUUGGACAAAGCUUUUUGAAAGAUUGCCAAGUUAUUUUGACCUUCAGAGGAGGCUGAUGCUUUUAGAAGACCAAAUAAGCUAUCUUUUAGGUGGCAUACAAGUUGUUUAUAUUGAAGAAUUACAGCCAGUAUUGACACUUGAAGAAUAUUACUCUCUUCUUGAUGUGUUUUAUAACAGACUGUUGAAAAAUAGAAUACCUUUUCACCCUCGAAGUUUACGUGGUUUACAAAUGAUCCUUAACAGUGACAGAUAUGCUCCAAGCUUGCAUGAACUCGGGCAUUUUAAUAUUCCAGCACUCUGCGAUCCAGCAAAUCUCCAGUGGUUUAUUCUCACCAAAGCUCAGCAGGCAAGAGAGAACAUGAAAAGAAAGGAAGAGUUAAAGGUUAUUGAAAAUGAAUUGAUAGAGGCGUCAACAAAGAAAUUUUCUCUGGAGAAGUUAUAUAAAGAACCCAGCAUUUCUAGUAUACAAAUGGUGGAUUGUUGUAAGAGACUUCUAGAACAAUCACUGCCUUACCUACAUGGGAUGCACCUCUGCGUUUCACAUUUUUACUCUGUUAUGCAAGACGGAGACCUUUGUAUUCCUUGGAAUUGGAAGAAUGGAGAAGCCAUUAAGUAACACAGAAAUCUCUUUAUUUUUUGAAGAGAUAAGAAAGGAACUUAAAUUAAAAAGAUUUAAAUCCACAAUUUGAUAUAACAGUAUUAUUUACAUAUUAUAAGAACAAAGUUUCUAACUGCUGCUUUAAAAGUAGACUUUUAAAAUAAAUUAGUUUCUGCUAGGAAAUGUAUUUUAAAAAGGUUUUAUAAGCCAGGCUUGGUGGCUCAUGCCUGUGGUCCCAACUACUUAGGGAGGCUAAGAUAGGAGGAUCACUUGAGCCCAGGAUGCCAAGGCUACAGUGAGCCACUGCCCUCCAGCCUGAGCGACAGAGCAAAACCCUGUCUCAAAAAAUAAUAAUAAUAAUUUUAAAUAAAUAAUAAAAAUAUUUUAUAUUCCAGUCUUAUGAUGUUGAUUGGCAAGGCUAAAUAAAAAGAUGUUAGAAUGAAAUAACAUAUUUUUAGUGAUAGGCAAAUGAAAGAUUCUACAAUAGUCAUAUAUUUUUAUAUGAAUGAAUGUUGGGGCUGGACAGGUAUAUGUGUGUAAAUAUAAACAGAUCUCAUAGUCAGAGUAUAGCUCUGAAAUAAUAGAACUCAUGUCUAUAAUUCAACAUGCAUCUGUAUAGUUACAUCUCAUGUAUAUACACACACAUAUAUUUUGCAGCCAGUAAUUGACAGUUAAUGUCCAAAACAGGUGAUUGAUAGGUAGCAAAAAGUAGAUAACCACAGAUUUUGCCAGGAGAAAGACUAGAAGGACUAAAAGCAGUUGAAUGUAUGGUACUGACAUUGUCAUAAGCAGUCUGAUAACCAGUUUAUUAAAACAUCUUCAGUGACAGAAUUUAAUUUUAAACCCGUAAUUUCUCCUAUCCAUUAAAAUAUUUCAACUGUUGGUAGUAUGAAACCAGCAGGAAAUGUUUUUGAAUCAUUUAAUGAGGUGACUCAUUUGUUUCAUGGCCAACACCAUCCAGGAAAAUUCUUGCUUGUUUCCCAAAGAGCUCUAGGAAAUAGAAUCAGGUGUAAAAUGGUUCACACCCUCCAGGAUUUCUUGUCACCCUUCUCAGCCAUGAUCUUACUGUUCUUACUGAUGUUUGAAAUCCUUUCAUCAGCCCCGGCAUGGUUAAAGCCCCUCAGAGUCACCUUCCAUCAUUCAUAGCAAUGUAAUUUAACCCCAAGUGGUUGAUGGUGACUCUGGCAUGGCCGAGAGAUUUGAUCUCUGGAUUCAGUGUUUUUAGCUCAGAUUUACCCUAAGAUUCCUUUGGGCAAUGUCUUUAACCAAUCCAGAACCUCUUCAGAUCAUUUGGGAAGAGGACAAGGUGAAUCCUGGUUUGGAACAUCAUUUUUGGGCCCUUGCUGCUGAAUGAAUCAGAAAGGAAUUUUUUCUAAAGAGCCUUAGAAAGUAAAAGAGAUGUUAAAAUCAGUUCUUGAAGUAUGUUUUAUAUUUGUCUAAAACACUGAUUAUUUAAAAAGUUUACAUUCAAAUGUGUAUUCAAAAGAAGCACUGAUUUGUAAUUAUUAUAGUUUGUGCGUAUCAUCCCUUUUAACCGUGCAUAACAACCAUACUUCAAUUUUGUUUUCUAGUGUAACAAAUGUCUCCUGUAAAGAUUUUCCAGAGCCAAAUAAUGAUAGUGAAAAAUUCCUUAAAUGUUAUGUAAGAAAAUGUAUUGGAAAAUCAGGUUUGUAUUACAGCAUUUCUAAAAUAUACUAAUAUAGAAUCCUCAGUAAUAUGUUUUGAAUUGAAUUUUGUCUCAGAACUAAUUGUUACAUAAUAAAUAAUACCUACAUCAACCAGA